AUGGUUAAAUGUUCUUCUGUAAUGUCUUCAUCUAUGAUCAUCUUUCUGGUGAUUCUAAGUCAUUUGAUGUCUAUCAAUGGACAUAAAAUGACUUGGAAUGACUCGCUUCUAGCUGUCCAUGUCCCAGGCAUCAAGCUUCGACGAGACGCCAAGGCGAUAGAGUUAGCGUCUCAAGAUUUUGGUAAGAUAGUAAAUAUAAAGCCAGAUGCGGUCCUCUAUCCGUCGACUGUCAAUGACAUAGUCAAUCUUGUUAGUUUGUCUUACAAAUCCACGCCCUCCUUUGGGAUCGCGGGGAAGGGUCGUGGUCACUCUCUUAGGGGACAAGCCAUGGUGGAUGGUGGGGUGGUAGUGCAGAUGACUUCUUUAAAUGGUGGUAAGAAUAAAAGUAGAAUUAAGAUUUUCAAGGAUCCUAAACUAGGGUUUUGUGCCGAUGUUGGUGGUGAGCAAUUGUGGAUCGAUGUUCUUAAUGCAACUCUUCGACAAGGGCUUUCACCAGUUUCUUGGACAGAUUAUAUUUACCUUACUGUUGGUGGCACACUCUCUAAUGCUGGUAUUAGCGGUCAAGGUUUUCGUCAUGGUCCAGAGAUCAGUAACGUAUAUGAAUUAGAUGUUAUAACUGGGAAAGGAGAGCUUGUGACUUGCUCCAGGAACAAUAAUUCAGAACUCUUUUUUGCGGUUCUAGGAGGUCUAGGUCAAUUCGGGAUCAUAACUAGGGCAAGAAUUCAUUUGGACAAAGCUCCUACAAAGGUGAAACGGGUGAAACUGAUGUACUCCGACUUUGCAUCCUACAUGAGAGAUCAAGAGAAGAUCAUCUCUAGUAAUGAUGAUGGGUUGAACUAUUUGGAGGGUUCUGUAAUAAUGGAUUAUAGCAAUCCUAUUGGUUGGAAAUCCACAUUCUCUCCCGAUGAUGUAUUAAGAAUCAAAUCCUUGCUAGCCCAACACAAAAUUCUUUACUGCAUGGAAGCAGUCAAGUAUUAUGGUUACUCAAAUAUAGAUUCUACAAUCACUGAGGCAGAAGUGGACAGCUUGUUCAAAGGCUUGAGCUAUGUUCCCGGGUUUAUCUUCAAGACAGAUUCAUCAUAUUUGGAUUUUCUCAAUAGGGUACAUCUAGACGAGCUAGUGCUUCAACCCUUAGGGCUAUGGGAUGUUCCUCAUCCAUGGCUAAAUAUGUUUAUACCGAAAUCGAGUAUAAUAAACUUCAACCAAAGAGUAUUAGUCGAUUUCAUACACAAACAAAAUAAAUCAACGGGGCCAAUCAUAGCCUACGCAACGAAUCGAAACAAGUGGGAUGAUAGGAUGUCAGCUGUUACACCAAAUGGAGAUAUCUUUUAUAUGGUGGGACUAUUGCAUUCGGUUUUGGAUGGAGAUUGGAAAUCAAGGGACAUUCUAAACAAUCAAGUAUUAAACUUGUGCAAGCAAAAUGGAAUUGAAGUUAAGGAAUAUCUUUCGAAUCCAAAAACCAAGGAAGAAUGGAUAAAUCAUUUUGGUUCGAAAUGGAUGACUUUCGCCCGGAGGAAAGAACUGUUUGAUCCAAAAAAGAUUUUGUCACCUGGACAAAAGAUUUUCAAUUAA